GAUAUUUUAGGAAUAAAAGUGGUUUAUUUCUUAAUAAUAAGAAAGGAUGAUGUAUACAGGGAAAGCGGCGAUUCGAACGGUAAAGAACUUAAAAUAUUCAGAUAUACAGAAUAAAGUGAGGUCAGCGACAUCUAAUGAUCCAUGGGGCCCCAGUGGAGUAGAGAUGAAUGAAAUUGCGCGUAUGACGUUUGAUCCACAUAAUUUUAUAGAGGUAAUGGAUAUGCUGGAUCGCCGAAUGAAUGACAAAGGAAAGAAUUGGAGACAUGUAUUUAAAGCGUUAACGGUUCUUGAUUAUUGUUUACAUAGUGGGUCGGAAAAUACAGUAAAAUGGGCUAAAGAUAAUAUAUACAUUAUAAAGACUCUACGUGAGUUUAAUUAUGUUAGUGAAGAUGGUAAAGAUCAAGGGUCAAAUGUAAGAAUAAAGGCAAGAGAUAUUACGGAAUUAUUACAGGAUGAUGAUCGUCUUCGUUCUGAACGAAAGAAUCGGACUCAUAUGCAUGAUCGUUUGGGUCUUCAACAGAAUGAUAAUACGCCAAGUAGUUCUUCAUAUAAAAAAACGUCUAAUAGAAAGCAAUCGCAAAUAUUAGAUACAUCUGAUGAUGAUAAAGAACUUCAACGUGCUAUAGAAGAAAGCAAACUUCAAUCAGAAGAUGAUAAGCGCAAGUCACUUCUAAAGGCUAAACAGGAAGAAGAGGAAUUAGCACUUGCUCUUCAGCUUAGUAAAGAAGAAGAAGAGUUGCGAAAUAUGGCAUUACUUCAAAAGAAAAGAGGAGCACUUUUGCUCGAACAAUCUUUUCAACAAUCGCAACAACCACCGAAAUUAAUGGAUUUUUUCAGAGAAGAUAAUUCUAUUCAGCAGCCGCAAAACAUUGAUUAUAUUCAAAAUACAUAUUUACAACCAACAAAUGCUUUUGAAAGCCAACCAAAUCUUAAUACACAAAAUAUUGAAUAUUAUCAACCUCAAGAAAAUUAUCAAUUAAAUCAUUCUCAAAUGAAUUAUCCAUUGUUUCAGCAAAAUGUACCUACAAAUAAUCCAUAUUCCUCAUAUGUUGAUACCCAAACAUUUCAUCGGAAUUUUUCUUACGAUCAUUCUUAUCUUAAUCAUUCUCAGGAUCAAUUUAAAUCUCUUAGACUAGGAUCAAAUAAUCCUUUUAUUCAAAUGGAAAGCUCUGAUAAUUAUAAACCAAAUUACAAUACUAUAAGUUCUCCUUUAGAAAUGUAUUCGAAUCAAAAAAAUGAAUCAAAUAAUACUAUUCCAACUGCACAAAGUAUUUUUUUUCCUGGGCAUAAAUACAACGCUAGUUAUCAGAGUAAAUUGUCUUCUAUAUUGCAAGCAAGAAAUCCUGACAUUGAUACUUUCGGUAAUACUGGUGAUCUCCGUAUUCCUAGUCAACAUAUAGGAUGUGAGUUUGUUAAUUCUUAUGGUAUGCGAACAAAAACAGAACCAACCAUAUCCAGUACUCUUAAUCAUCAAAAAUCUAAUCAAGCUUUAUUCAAUCGACAACCCAUUUUAUCUGCUCCUACCGGUGUCGGUUUCAAUGAUGUUUUACCACAACAAAAUUCUACAGACUUUUCUUCUGCUUUUUCUCAAUCUGUCAUUCAAGAAAAUAAUCCUUAUAUAUCAUCCAAUUAUUCAUCUCAAUAUCAAAAUAAUCAACCAUCUGGAAGCUUAAUUGAUUUAUAACUCUUUUAACUUAAUAUCUUAUAUAUUUUAUCUUUCAUAUA